AUGGCAUCGACUGAUACUAUCAGAAGAGUCAAUAUCCAGAGACCUGUUCAGGCUCCAGCUGCAAAAUCCUUCAUUGAACAUGCUGGAGCUUCGACCCAGGAUACUCCCGAUAAAGAUGAUAGCUCAUCGGACGAAUCCAAUGAUGACGAGCAGGAAAGCUCUAACCAGACUGGCGUUACCCAACAGCGGAGAAUACAAAAUGCAAAGUUUGAAGCUCUUCUUGCCCAGCGUGCUGAUACAGCCCCUGCCAAUGUUACCAGAGCUGUACCUUGCGACCUGCCUGAUGCCCAGCUUUCUACUGCCCAUCUAGUAGCGAAACAAGACCUCGGUAGUGGUACAUUGGACCCGAGAGAAUACCAGGUGGAACUUUUUGAGAGAGCCAAACUACAAAACACAAUUGCUGUGCUUGAUACCGGAUCUGGAAAGACUCUGAUAGCGGUGCUCCUCCUCAAGCAUACUAUUCAGAAGGAAUUGAACGACCGUGCUGAGGAAAAGCCACAUCGGAUAUCGUUUUUCCUGGUGGACAGCGUCACUCUCGCAUAUCAACAGGCCGCGGUCCUGCGCAAUAACCUGGAUCAGAAUGUCGCACAUUUCUUUGGAGCCAUGGGGACUGAUUUGUGGAACAAGCAAGUGUGGGAUGAGCACUUCCAAAAGAACAUGGUAAUCGUUUGUACGGCGGAGAUCCUGAACCAAUGCUUGCUCAAUUCGUACAUCAAGAUGAGCCAGAUAAAUCUCAUGAUUUUCGAUGAAGCGCACCAUACAAAGAAAGACCACCCCUAUGCACGAAUCAUUCGAGAUUCCUAUCUUGAAGUAACCCCUUCAAACCGCCCAAGAAUAUUCGGCAUGACAGCAUCACCGAUCGACACCAAAGGCGACAUAAUAGAGGCAGCUACGAGACUUGAGACGUUGCUCGAUAGCACGAUAGCUACAACGUCAAACCUGACGCUUCUACGGCAGGUGGUCAGACGCCCCGUAGAGAAAAUAUGGCCGUUUAACAAGCUAGAUCAACCACGUGCGACUAAGCUGUAUAAGAUCCUUGAAGAUCGUUUUGGAGAUAUGGCCUGUCUGGAGGCGAUUUUCAGAUUCGCCUGGCAAGCCAGUGCUGAGUUGGGCCCGUGGUGUUCAGAUCGAGCAUGGGCGCGUGCCUUGGCAGAUGAUGUGUUGCCAAAGCUAGAGGGAAAUGUCAACAAGGCCAUGAAUUCCGAGGCCGUGACAAAAGUACCCGAAGGGGCGUAUAAGGAGGUCCUGCGGAUUAAAGAGGCCAGUGAGAUCGUGAAAAAUCACACAUUCAACAGCCCUGAUGCUCCAGGCCAACUGAGCUCUAAAGUGCAACUACUCCGCGAGGAGCUAGGGCGGUACUUUGGACGUCAAACAGAGACCAAGUGCAUUGUUUUUACACAGAAGCGGUACACGGCCUUAAUACUAUCUGAACUCUUCGAGACGCUAAAUAUCCCUUUUCUUCGGCCUGGAGUGCUUAUUGGCGUUCGUUCUGGUGAUCUAUCGGGGAUGAACAUAACGUUUCGUCAACAAUUCCUUGCUUUGGUUAAAUUCAGGAAUGGCGAAAUCAAUUGCCUGUUCGCUACUUCUGUGGCUGAAGAGGGCCUUGAUAUUCCAGACUGUAAUUUGGUUAUCAGAUUUGAUCUAUAUAACACCCUGAUCCAGUAUGUCCAAAGCCGUGGGCGUGCGAGACACUUCAACUCGACGUAUGCGAGUAUGGUUGAGAAGAACAACCCGGAGCAUGAUGAGAGGCUACUCGAAGUUCGAGAUGCUGAAAGAAUGAUGCAAAACUUUUGUCGGACCCUUCCCGAAGAUAGGUUGCUGCACGGAAACGACCACGACUUAGAGGUAGUAUUGCAGAGAGAGGAAGGCAAUAGAUCUCUCACAGUUAAAACCACAGGUGCCAAGUUGACCUAUCACUCAGCAACCGCCAUACUUGCUCGCUAUGCUAGCUCUUUGCAAUACGAGAAGGAAUCUUCAGCGCAGGUCAUCUACGUGGUGCUUCCUUCCAACAGUGCAUAUGUCUGCGAGGUUAUCCUGCCCGAAAAAUCGCCCAUUCGAGGUGUUACCGGGGGUCCGGCAAUGAGAAAGUCCAUCGCAAAACGGUCUGCAGCAUUCGAUACUUGUCUCUUGCUUCGAAAGAACAAACUACUAGAUGAUCAUUUCAACUCGGUCUAUCAUCGCCGUCUACCAGCUAUGCGAAAUGCCAAACUUGCAAUAACCUCUAAGCGCACAAGUCAGUAUGACAUGAUCUCAAAGCCGUCGAUAUGGAGCCAGAACCGAGGCUUGCCUCCGAAAGAGCUAUACGCAACCGUUAUUAAGUUCCUGCCCUCAAAACCGUUACUGCACGACCCAAGAAGCUUGCUAUUGCUCACACGAGAGAGACUGCCAGAAUUUCCGAAGUUCCCUAUCUUCCUUGAUGAAGAUAUAGAGACGACAGUCCACACGAUACCUUUGACGGAAAAGCUUAUACUAUCGGCUGAGGAGGUAGACUGGUUGACAACUUUCACUCUCCGGGUAUUCCGCGAUGUAUUUCACAAGACCUAUGACAAAGAACCCGAGAAGAUGGCAUACUGGUUGGCACCGGCAAAGGCGCAAAGCUCAUACAAUCCCACAAGGGAUCCAAGACAGACAAUGGAAUGGAAAAGCCUCUUAUUCGUGAGCGCUAACGACGGUAUAGCCUUCUCCAAAGAUGCAGCCCCAGAGAGCAUGGUUGACCGCUUCGUGUUUGAUGCCUGGGAUGGGAGAUGCCGGUAUUUCACCGUGGCUGUCGAGGAGACGCUACGUCCCUCAAGCCCGCCACCCCCUUUCGUGCCCCGGCGCAGACACAUGAGUGAUAUCAUGAAUUAUUGCCUCAGUCUCUCGAAAAACUCUAGGGCUAAGUUUUUGGCGGGCUGUAGCUGGGAUCAACCUGUCUUGCGAGCGGAACUAGUGCGCCUGCGCAGAAAUCUUCUUGACAAGAUGACAGACACUGAACGAGAUGUUGAAACGAAAUGCUUUAUAUGUGUGGAGCCCUUGAAAGUAUCUGCUAUCCCUGCAUCCACUGCUUUUUCUUGCCUUGCCUUCCCGGCUAUUAUCUCCCGGCUAGAUGCAUACCUUAUCUGUCUUCAAGGGUGCGAGGCAUUGGAUCUAGUCGUCUACCCAGAGCUUGCCCUGGAAGCAUUCACGAAAGACUCUGAUAAUACAGAAGACCACCGUGCUCAACAGAUUCAUAUCCAGCGAGGAAUGGGGAAAAACUACGAGCGUCUGGAGUUUCUAGGCGACUGCUUUCUGAAGAUGGCUACCUCAAUUUCUCUCUUCACACAAAAUCCUGAUGACGAUGAGUUUGACUACCACGUAAACCGGAUGUGCCUCAUCUGCAACAAGAACCUUUUCAACACAGCCGUUAAGAAAGAGCUUUACAGAUACAUUCGCAGUCGAGGGUUUUCGAGACAUACGUGGUAUCCGGAUGGCUUAAGCCUAUUGCAAGGCAAAGACCAUAGCAAAAAGGUGUCUACAGAAGCCAAACAUGCUCUUGCGGAGAAAACAAUCGCGGAUGUUUGCGAAGCUUUGAUAGGGGCAUCUCUGCUUUCUGGUGGUCCUGACCAUCGGUUCGACAUGGCCGUCAAAGCAGUGACAGCUUUGGUAGGAAGCUCAAACCACAAUGCCUCGUGCUGGAGGGAUUACAUAUCUCUUUAUUCGAUACCAAAGUACCAGAGCCAGGCGCCGGAUGGAUCUGAGCUUGACCUUUGUAAAAAGGUCGAAGAGAAGUUAAGCUACCACUUCAACUAUCCGAGGCUCCUGGGAUCGGCUUUCACCCAUCCUUCAUAUCCGUCCGCAUGGGCCCAAGUGCCCUGCUAUCAGCGCCUGGAAUUUCUCGGAGAUUCACUGCUCGACAUGGUUUGUGUAGAGGAUUUGUUCUAUAGAUUUCCGGAUCGAGACCCCCAAUGGCUCACAGAACACAAAAUGGCCAUGGUAUCCAACAAGUUCCUUGGUGCUUUAUCAGUGAAACUAGGGCUCCACACGCACCUGAAGUACUUCAGUGGCCCGUUGCAAUCCCAGAUCACUCACUACGCCGAGGAGAUCCAAACUGCGGAGGGUGAGAGCGAGGGCGCGGUGGAUUAUUGGACUGUAACCAAAGACCCCCCUAAGUGCUUACCCGACAUGGUUGAAGCAUAUCUCGGAGCGAUCUUUGUCGACUCAAACUUCAACUUCGAGGUGGUUGAGAAAUUCUUCAAGGGCCAUAUCAGACCAUUUUUCAAGGACAUGGCGAUUUAUGACACGUUCGCGAACAAGCAUCCAACGACUUUCCUGCAUAACCGCUUGACGAAUGAUUACGGCUGCAUGAACUAUUGUCUGAAAGCUGGUGAGAUGCCUGCCAUCGAUGGAGCCCCAGCCGGAGUCCUAGCCGCCGUGAUUGUGCAUGAUGCUGUCAUUGCCGAAGGCACGGCAUCAUCUGGCCGCUAUGCCAAAGUCAAGGCAAGUGAAAACGCUUUGGCCGUGCUGGAAGACAUUACACCAGCGGAAUUCCGGAAGCAAUACCACUGUGACUGUCGAGAGUCGGACGGCUCCGCCAGCCUUGAUAUGGGAACCGCAAUCUGAAGCUACCAAGGCCGGAGCUGGCAUAUGCGGUGAAGCAGCCCGUGCCAUCGACCGACUAUUGAUGAAUGCAAUGCAGGGUGCACGUGGACCUGGAAGUACUUUAACCUAUCUAGCAUGUAGAGAGCAGCCCAAACAAUCGGAUGGUUCUCUGGAGAGCUGCACUUUUCCUGUGGUGUAAUGAGUUAGUUAGUAGAUUGGUAUUCAAAUUGGU